AUGUCAGGGGACAAGGCUGCCACUCCGUGUAAUAAAUUUCAAGCGAAUAUUUUUAACAAAAGUAAAUGCCAGAACUGCUUCAAGUCCAGGGAGCUGCAUCUGUUGACGGAUCAUGACAUGGAACAGGCAAAGCCCAUCUAUGGAGGCUGGCUGUGUUUGGCCCCCGAAGGGACAGACUUUGACAAGCCAAUGCAGAGGUCAAGGAAAUGGCAGCGCCGCUUCUUCAUCCUGUACGAGUACGGCAGUCUCAGCUUCGCCCUGGAUGAGCUGCCGAGCACGUUACCACAGGGGACGGUGAACAUGAACCUGUGCACAGAGGUCAUCGACGCCGAGCCCCGCACGGGCCAGAGGAACUCGCUCUGCAUUGUCACGCCUGAGCUGGAAAUCUUCAUCCGCGGGGAAAGUAAAGACAUCAUUAACGGAUGGAAUGAACAGCUCGGGCAGUACCCACGGAUCAACAAGCAGAACCAGAACAAAAAGCGAAAAGUAGAGCGUGUUACCACCCAGGAACCAAGUCCAGCAAAGAUGGCCGUCACUGAGCCGUGUUUCUCAGCCACAGAGCGAGGUGGAGAGCCCGGCUGUAGCCUGUGGCAGCAAAAACAGUCAGGCAGGGGAGCCGAUCUAAACCCUACCUGGACCGUCACAGACACACACCCUCUGGGCCCAAACCAGCACCCUGCAGGUGGUUUUCAUCCUGCAGAGGACGGCUGGUUUGCCGACCAUUUUAGCUCCUUAGCAUCAGUCUGCAGUGGCAGUGCUGACCCCGGCAGUGCCGGCCAGCCUGCCGGUACUGAGCCAAACGGCAUCCACACGUCGACAAGUAUCAAGAGCCAGUGGGAAGACACAUGCCAUCGCAACCUAUCAGAGAGGCCGACGGGACCUGAGACGGCAAUUUCGGGGGAAGCCGGCGAAGAGCAGGAGGGGGGUCAGGCCCUUUCUAGGAAAGGCAGAAGCGAGGCCCGCGCCAGCAAACGGGAGAAACUCCUGUCGUUGGGGGACAUGGUCCAGCUCGCCGCACCCCCUCCUCAGAGAAGAGCCAAGUCACUGGACCGCAGGACCUCUGACUCCAUCAUGACUCCAGAUUUACUUAACUUCAAGAAAGGCUGGAUGGUUAAGUUGGACAAGGAGGACAAGUGGAGGAAAUAUUGGUUUGUGUUGUCAGCUGACAGUCUGAGGUACUACAAGGACUCCAUAGCCGAGGAGGCUUCGGACCUUCAAGGUGAAAUUGACCUGACCAAGUGUCAUAAUGUCUCUGAGUACCAGGUGCACAGGAACUAUGGCUUUCAAAUCCAUACCCAGAAGGGUAUCUACACGUUGUCAGCCAUGACUUCUGGGAUACGAAGAAACUGGAUCCAGGCCCUGAUGAAGAACAUACAUCCACCCAAUGCUCCUGACGUUGCCAGUUUGCCGGGACACCAUGUGUCCAACAGCUCACAGGAAUACCUCCCCAAACCGGAUGUGACUCAGGACUCCCCCUUCACCGAGGCCCCUGGAGAAAUACCCCAGACCCCCAAACCCAUGAGUGUGCUUGAAAGACGGCAGGAGGGACGUUACCAGACCUUCGACUGGGCCGAAUUUUGGCCUUUGACCAAGCCCAUGCCGGAGCUGGAUGUUCAGAAGACCAAGGGCCCAUGGCUGUUGGAGCUGGGAGAUCUGGAGAGGAAACAGAGGCGAGAGGAGAGGAGAAGGAGGUAUGAGAGCAUGCUUGGGUUUCCUUUGACGUGUGAGGCGAUGAGAGACCAUGACAGAGAGGCGGACAGCGCCAGAGAAACCGAGCCCUGGUUACAACAGGAGGUGGAGGAGGAGAUAGAGAAAUACUGGCAGCAAGUGGAGAAGACUGGCUUCAGGCUGGAGAAAACAGUACCACUUUAUGCCAAGGACCAGGCCAAAGACACCGCUGAACUAGAGAGGUUGCUGGAUGGCUACAAAAAGGGGGUGGAGGAUUUGAAGGAGCGGUUGGCGGAGUCGGUUCAUCGCAGACUAGAGCUGGAAUCUCAGCUGAGAGCAAUGCAGCAGCAUCAGCAGCAAGUUUGUCCAUUGCUAAACUCCCCGUUAAACUCUGAGGAUGAGUUUGGCCAGUUGAGGACAAAUGAUAAGACGGCCAACAGUCCCACUCAGAGCCUAACAGACAUGUACAAGGAGACACGAGAGCUUCUCCAGCAGCAGAACUUGAUAAGGCAGAGCAUGCAAGAACAGCUUGUACUGUCUAUGUCCACACCUCAAAUCUCCCCCGGAAGUCAAACUUUGCCCAGCAUCUGGUUGCAUGGUGCCACUGAGGACGACCUGCGUGACCUUGGAGGCUUGCUGCCUUACUGCCCUGUGACAGAAAAUGCACCUUUACCAUCGCCUGUAUCAGACAGACAGCAGCACUCACCGGUUCAGAAGGAAGGAGAAUUGGAAGGGACAAACUUAGACAGUCCAACACCCAUUCACCAGGCCCAGACAGACAGCGAAGUCCAUCAGCUGGUACCCACUUUGGCAACGCAAAUAAACGGCAGCGAGGGCAGUACAGGUUUGCAGAUCAUGGAGGCGACUGGGGACAGAAUUGCAGACUCUCAAAGCUGCUAUAUUGGGGAGAAAAUAUCUCUGGAUAUGGCAACGGUGAAGCGACUGUCCCAGGAGGUGGAGAUGCUCACCAGCCAGAAUGAGGCCCUGAACCAGCGCAACCAGGAGAUGUUGAACCAGCUGACAGAAGCCGACUGGGAGAUAGAAGGGUUGAAAGCAGAGCUUGUUAGCCGGUACUGUGAACCCCAGCACCAGCAACACCUUCCUGAGGUGGAACAUCUAAGUAACACGAGGGUAGAAAGUCUGGACAUUGAGCUUAACAGAAGGAACCAGGAACUUCUGGAGGCCCAGUCUCUGAUUGCCUCUCUGGAGAGACGUCUGAGAGACACGGAGACACGGCUACAGCUGAAAGAGGCCUCUCUCCGGGACCUGGCGAUCCCAACAGAUAGCAAGGAGGUGGGAGAAGAAACUGACACAUGGCCCUCUGAGGACAAGCCAGACGAAUACUUGAGGUGUUUUGAAGCCACAGAGGCCAAGCUUACAGAGCUGGAGAGGCAGCUCUGUAAAUCAGAGCAAACCUGUAGGGCUCUCCAGACCCAAGACAAGGAGCUGAAGGAGGUUGAGAGACUCUACAGUCAGAGAUCUACAGAGUCAGUGAAUGACACUGGGGGACCGAAAGAAGAGUUGGAAAACAAAAAGUUGACAGGAGAGACACUGCUGGUUGGAAACGUUUCACUUUCAGAUGAGGAAAGGAUUCAGGAAGUUGUAGAGGGAAUGAUAAUGAGGUUGAAAACCUUGAGGAAAUUGAUGGAGGUGAUUGACAGAUCAGAUUUUGGAGUAAUGAAGAGAUCAUUGGUCAGUGAGCAUAAAGUAGAAAAACUCACACUGGUUGGCCAGCUUAAGUGGGAGGAACAGUUUUGGGGAGCACUGCUGAAUGGCUUGAAAGUAAGCCCUUCCCAGUUAAAUGAAGAGAAACUUGUAGAAGACCUCCUCAGUGAGAUGGCAUUACAUAUGGUAAUAGAGAAACAAAUGCUGCUCUUAGCCCAUGAUCUGCUGUCAGAGACGUAUUUAUGCACAGACUUUGGAAGUGGCGGGCCAGGGAGGAUUUGUGAAAACAAACCCUUGGAAGGUCUAGAUGUCAUUUGGAAUCUUGCAAGUGGAACAGAAUCUGAAAAUGUAGAGAGUGAUGAUAAUUGCGGGAUAUUACAGUUGAAUAACCAGCAUCGUGAUAGGGGAGAAAGCAACAGGAAAUUUUUUUCAGACAUCACGCUGAUGAAAAUGUCUUUGCUAAGCCACACUGCAUCCUCUAUUGGUGCCUCUAGUAAUGACAAACUUCAGUUCAUGGCUUGUAAACUUUGGGAUUUUCACAUCUCAGGGCAUUCCUGGAUAGAUUUCAUUUACUCUGCAGUAACUGAAGCAUUUUAUUGCCAUCACACAAGUAUGCUUCAUUCGGUGUAUCAGAGGGACCUCGAGGAAACCAAGCAGAGUCUGCUCACCUCCUCUCUCACCUGCAGAAACUGCGCUGGCCUAAUGAAUGAAAAUGAGGAGCUAAGAGCAAGACUGUCAACUCUAGAAAGGCAGCGAAAGUCCUCAGUAAGUGCUGAGAUGCCUACUGCUAACCAGACAGAUGCAAUUUACCUACAGAACAGAGACUGUGAGUUAGAAAACAGAACAGAUAGGCAGAUAGCAGACACCACACCUGCAGGUGUUGUAGAUGAAAUUGAGGAAGAGACCCUAGAACAGAACAGCACUGCUAAAGACAACGGGCAGAAACUUGAAAUGGCAGAAGAAAUGGUUGAGGGAGACUCAUUGCCUAAUGUAAUGGAAAUCCCUGUUUUAAAUGCCAUGGGUCUGAGCGGCAUCCCAGACGAGGUUUCGGGCGAAAACACUGCAUCGGUUGAUGUGUCAAAGGAUGCGGAUGUGAACACUGAGCUGGAGGAGGUUGUGUUGUUAAGAGGAAGAGUGAAGGCUCUGGAGGAGCAGCUGUCUGUCGUCACACAGGAGAUGGAAGCAGAGCUCCAUGGGAAAAUGGGUUCCCUACAGCUGGAACAUGGGAGGGAACUGGACAAGCUUAAGGCCGCAUGCGAGUUUGGCUUUGACACGAUGUCAAAGUCCCACCAGAGGUUCCUGGAGGAGGUGCAGCGGAGACACCAGCUGGAACUGGAGCAUCUCAUGAAAGAGAGGGACAGACUACUGGAGGAAGAGACCGCCGCUACUGCUACUGCAAUUGAAGCCAUAAAGAAUGCAUAUCGCCUGGAGCUGGAGAGGGAAGUACAGAGGAUAUGUCUGUCAGAGAACAGCGCGGGAAUGGCCGAUCUGGAGGAAAUAUGCCAGCAGCACAGAGAGGAGCUGUCUUCCUGUCAGCGGGAGCUGGAGGUGUUGUCCCAGCAGUAUUCUCUGAAGUGUCUGGAGAAUGGACACCUUGCUCAGGCUCUGGAUGCAGAGAGGAAAGCCUUGUUUCAAUGCCAGCAGGAGAACCAGGACCUGAGGACCAGAGACCAGGAGUUAAGUGGUCACCUUGCAGCAGAGAUCACCAGACUGUGCUCCCGGGCCAAGCAGGAUGCCCCCCACAUUAGUCAAGGGAUGGAUGUCUAUGAGAUGGAGAUUACCUUGCGAGUGAAAGAGUCAGAGGUCCAGUGUCUGAAGCAGGAGGCCACCUCGCUGAAGGACGAACUGCGGUCGGCACAGAGGGACAAGAGGAAUGCGACACAGAAGUACAAGGACAUUUACACGGAGCUGAGCGUCACGAGGGCCAAGGCCGAGAGAGACGUGGAUCAACUCAGAGAGAACCUGAUGUUGGCCCGAAAGGCUCUGGGAGAGCCCUCACCGUGAAGCACACCAUCACUUAGAUUAAGGGAAAAGCUUGCCGACUGCUGCUUUUGAAAGACUUUCUGCUUUUUUGAGUUUUGUAAAAACCUUCAGGUUGCACUGGUGUCACUCAUGACGAGAUAAAGAAAAGAUUCACUGUCAUAUCACCGCUUCGGUGCUGCCCCCGAGGGACUUGUUUGAAAGAAGACAUUUUAGAAAUCCACUGUUACAGAAAGCCCCCAGAGCCUGCCACUGCCCUAUUUAACACAUCCGAGAGCUUUUUUCCCCCCCUCUGUGACUCCACCCAACACUCUUUAUAUUUUUGAUCUCUCAACACUGGAGUCAGUCAAAAAUGCUUUAAUCUUGACUUGAUGGAAAACUGCAGGGAAGUUAUGACUUGAGGACCUAGAAGAGUCCAUUUGAUAGGGUUUAUUUUUCCCCCCAGAAUAUCAACCAAACAUAUUCAUUACAGAAAACAGAGCUAUAUCAAAAAUAAGUAGUCAUCGUUAUAAGGGCUCCUAAAGGAGUAAUCAUUUUUGGAUUUCCAGAAGCCCUCAUACACAUUAACACAUCUAGUAUUACUGUCAUAAUUGUUGACAGUGUUUCCCCCCCUGUGGAGUAUGAUAGAAGAUUUGACUGGAAUGACCCAGAUUUAUAACAUUUUUGCUUCUGCAGUAAGUUUUUUUUCCCCAGAAUCAAAACCAUUAGUCUUUUGAUAAUGAGCUGUUUCUAAUAGAAAAAACAACCGUAAUAGUGGCCACAAAUUUCAAAUUUUUGAACAACUUUAUUUAUGGUUAUAAUUAGAAAUGAAAUCUGUCGAGGCCCAAGAAAACAUAUUUUCCAUAUCAAAGGGCUAGUUUUCCUCCUUUCUACAAUGUUCCCUGUAAAAUGAUACACAAGCUGCUGCACUGUACUGUGUUAUUCAGUUCCACAAUGUGUAUAUAGUAUAUUGCUUUAUCUGUUGAAGGGAACUAAUUUCUAAACAAUUUUUGGUAAUUAAUACCUUUAAUGGAAAAUAAUAGUCACACCCCAACUGUCAUUUCUGUCUAUUUGUGUACACAAUGUCCUACUGAAUGGAUUUCUUUUUCUUAAAUUAAAUGCUAAUUUGGUCGUUAUGAAUUUGUUAACAAAAAUAUUUCUGUUUUUUCAACCUUC